ACUGCCCUCAUGGACCUGUAUGAGAUCAGAGGAGGCAGGCUGGAUGUGAUCGCAGAGGAAGGUGAGCUGAGCAGAGAGUCGGCCACCAUGGAGACGUUCAAUGUGGCCGCAGACAGUGGAGGGAGGACGGCCCGAGAUGUUUCCACCUUCCAGAGGUUCUCCGUCGGCACCAAUGAGUCCCUUCGUUUUGAGCCCUGUGAGGACAGCACUCCAUCUCCCACUGGAGCAGAGGAUGGAUGCGAUGAUGACGUGUUUAAGGAGGGAAACGAUGAGAGUGAGAUCAUCUCGAUCAGGAAUCGGCUGCAGGGGAAAGUUGUGGAGAUGGAGAACUUUGCAGGUCAUCUGGAGGAAAUCUUUCUCACUGUGGAGGAGAAUUUUGGCCGACAAGAGCAGCACUUGGAGCAGCACUACAAUGACGUCCUGCAGACGCUCUCUCAGCGAUAUGAUGAGAGGUCGGCUGGACUGGAGGAGGAGAAGAAGAGCAAGCUGGAAGCUCUUUACAACCAGCUGCUGGAUUGUGGUCGGGCUCUGGAUUCCUCCAAGGAGCUCAUUGAGACGGCCCAGGAGAUCUACCGCAGCCAGGACAAGAGGCUCUUCCUCAAGACAGUUAUGCCCACCAUUAAGAGAAUCGAGGAGUACGCCAAAGAGGACGUUGACCUGACGUUGGCCACACGUCUUGAGUUUAACACACCACUCGGUGACCUGUCAGACGUCAAAACCAUGAUGGAUUCCAUCAAUGUUGUUCCAGCACCAUCUGCCCCAGUAAUCAACCCGCAGAUGCCCAACUCUGCCACCCAGACGUCCCUGCGGGUUUGCUGGAGCUUGUUCUCUGAUGACACGGUUGAGUACUACGAGCUCUACUACAGACCGGUGCUGGAGGACACGCCGGCAGACAGCACCUGCGCACCACAUGAGAGCAAGGUAAAAGUGAAGGAGACCCACUGUACAGUGACGGAUCUGCUGCCCAACGCUCAGUAUGAGCUCUGGGUGACGGCGACCAACACCACAGGCAUCAGCCCAGCGAGCGAGAAGGCCCUAUACAUGACAGUGCCGUCGCCUCCAGUGAUCAAGCAGAGGGAGUGUACGAGCUGUCCAGAGGCCGCUCUGAUUCGCUGGGAGUCAGGAAACACCAACCCUGUCGACUCUUACACUGUGGAGCUCAGCGAGAUGGGCACUGAUGGCACAGGGAGCGGUAUUACUGAGUCUAUAGUAGCCGUGCCCACCUGUCAGUGUCUGAUCCAGCUGCAGGCAGGACGACGUUACCUCAUCUCAGUGAGAGCAGUCAACAUCGGCGGGCCCAGCGUCAGGAGCGGCGAUACCACUGUCUCCACAACAGGUACAUUCUUCCACCUGCUGGAGGACACUGCCCAUCCUUGCCUGUCAAUCUCAGAGGACGGCUUCACCAUCUUCUACGGAGAUGAGGAACUGCCUAUAAGUGCCAUGGCUCUAGAUGACAACACUUUUUUUACCAGAUGUGUGGCUGUCCUGGGAGAUCUGAUUCCAGUGCGAGGCAGGCACUACUGGGAGGUCGAGGUGGACGACGGGACUGAGUUUCGUAUCGGGGUUGCAUACGAGGACACGGAGAGGAACUCAUACCUCGGGGCCAACAGUACUUCCUGGUGUAUGAGACACAUUCUUAGUCCGUCCAGGCAUAAAUAUGAGUUUCUGCACAACGGUUGGAGUCCUGACUUGAGGAUUACAGUGAACCCAGUGCGGAUCGGACUGGCACUCGACUACGACAGGGGUACUCUGUCCUUCUUUAAUGUGAAUCUGGAACAACACCUUCACACCUUCCACUGUCACUUCCAAAAUUACGUCCAACCCUGCUUCAGCCUGGACAACCCCGGAGCUCUUACUGUGCACAACGGCAUAGAAGCUCCGGAGUACGCAUUCAUCUGACACCAGAAAUCAUAUCUAUUGUAGUAUUGACAUAAAAUAAACUCUAGAGCAAGUGGGACAUGAAAUACAUUGUAAUACUUACUAAAGUCCUAAAUGACAUCCCCGAUAAUAAAAAAAAACCCAAACAUUGGGGGCACCCAUAUUCAUUAAAAAUAAUUUGAGCACCUUCACCCACAAAAAUAAGUUAUUUUCAGUUGUUUUUAUUAUAGUAUUCCAUGGGAACAGGCAUACACCAUUUUCCAAGAUAAGAAAAGGUUUCACUGAAUUGUACAAUAUGUAUUUAAACUGCAGCAGACCAGGUGUUGGAAUUCAAAAGGGCUUGUUUUUGAUUAACAAAAAAAUUCAUGGAAAAAAAAAGAAAUAAAAGUAUUUC